UCUUUUGCCUCGGGAGCGUCUGCCUUGUAGAAGCGAGCAGCGCGCCUGCGCAAGAGGACUUGGCGGCGGCCGCUUGCGCCUGCGCACCAGAGCUCGGCGGUAGCUUGCGCGUGCGCGGCGCGGCGCUGCGGAGACCGUUGGCUCAUUUGCAUGUCCCCGCCUCGCGCGGCGGCGGCGGCAGCGGCGGCGGGUCAGAGAAACAUGGCAGCUAGGCGAAUUGCACAGGAGACUUUUGAUGCUGUUUUGCAAGAAAAAGCUAACCGAUAUCACAUGGACCCCAGUGGUGAGGCCGUAGGUGAAGCUCUUCAGUUUAAAGCUCAAGAUCUUCUAAGGACAGUCCCACGAGCCAGAGCAGAUAUGUAUGAUGACAUUCCUAGUGACAGCAGAUACACUCUGGCUGGAUCUGUAGCCCACCCUCGAGACACUGGGAGAGAAAGCCUGAGAGGUGAUGUAUUUCCAGGACCUUCUUUCAGAUCAAGCAACCCUUCUGUAAGUGAAGACAGCUUCUUUCGCAAAGAAUGUGGCCGGGAUCUGGAAUUUUCCCACUCUGAUUCCCGAGACCAAGUUUUUGGCCACCGGAAAUUGGGACAUUUCCGUUCUCAGGACUGGAAAUUUGCACUCCGUGGCUCUUGGGAACAAGACUUUGGCCACCCUGUUUCUCAAGAAUCCCCCUGGUCGCAGGAGUAUAGUUUUGGUCCUUCUGCACUACUGGGGGAAUUCGGUUCCUCCAGGCUGAUUGAGAAAGAGUGUCUGGAGAAAGAAAGUCGGGAUUACGACGUGGACCGUCCAGGGGAGACAGACUCUGUGCUGAGGGGCAGUGGCCAAGUCCAGGGCAGAGGCCGGGGUCUAAACAUCGUUGACCAGGAGGGGGCCCUUUUAGGAAAGGGGGAGACUCAGGGCCUCCUCCCAUCUAAAGGGGGAGUUGGAAAGCUUGUCACACUAAGAAGUGUGAGUACGAAAAAAGUACCCACUGUAAACCGUAUUACUCCCAAAACUCAGGGCACCAACCAAAUCCAGAAAACCACCUCAAGUCCUGAUGUGACCCUGGGGACGAACCCAGGGACAGAAGAUAUCCAGUUUCCUACUCAGAUCCCUUUGGGGCUCAGUCUGAAGGAUAUUCGGCUCCCCAGAAGAAAGAUGAGCUUUGACCUCAUAGAUAAGUCUGAUGUUUUUUCGAGAUUUGGGAUAGAAAUAAUCAAAUGGGCAGGAUUCCACACCAUAAAAGAUGAUGUUAAAUUUUCCCAGCUUUUCCAGACUCUCUUUGAACUCGAAACCGAAACCUGUGCUAAAAUGCUCGCUUCAUUCAAAUGCUCCUUAAAACCAGAGCACAGAGAUUUUUGCUUUUUUACUAUCAAAUUUUUAAAGCACUCUGCUUUGAAAACACCCAGAGUUGAUAACGAGUUUUUAAAUAUGCUUUUAGACAAAGGUGCUGUGAAGACCAAAAAUUGCUUUUUUGAAAUCAUAAAGCCCUUUGACAAGUAUAUAAUGAGGCUUCAAGACCGGCUUCUGAAGAGUGUCACACCCCUCCUCAUGGCCUGCAAUGCCUAUGAGCUGAGUGUCAAAAUGAAGACCCUCAGCAAUCCCCUGGACUUGGCUGUUGCCCUGGAGACCACCAAUUCUCUCUGCCGGAAAUCUCUAGCCCUCUUGGGACAGACUUUCUCCUUGGCCUCUUCUUUCCGGCAAGAGAAAAUCUUAGAAGCUGUCGGCCUCCAAGAUCUAGCUCCCUCUCCUGCCGCGUUUCCAAAUUUUGAGGACUCUACUCUGUUUGGAAGAGAGUACAUCGAUCACCUGAAGGCCUGGCUGGUCAGCAGUGGGUGUCCCCUCCAGGUCAAGAAAGCCGAACCCGAGCCAACCCAAGAUGAGGAGAAAACGGUUCCUCCUACCAAACCCGAAGUCCAGGCCACGUCUCCAAGUGGGCUGAGUGAUGCGGUUCCUCAGCGAGCAGAUCACAAGGUGGUGGACACUAUCGACCAGCUGGUCACACGUAUUGUCGGAGGCAGCCUGUCUCCCAAAGAGAGAACUCUUCUCAAGGAGGACCCUGCUUACUGGUUUUUGUCUGAUGAUAGUAGUCUGGAGUAUAAAUAUUACAAACUGAAGCUGGCAGAAAUGCAGAGGAUGAGCCAUACCUUACCAGGAGCAGAUCAAAAGCCCACAGCAGCAGAGUGUGCGGUCCGGGCCAUGCUGUAUGCUCGGGCAAUCCGGAGCCUCAAGAAGAAGCUCCUCCCCAGCCGGCGGCGGGGGCUGCUCCGCACUCAAGGGCUCCGGGGCUGGAAGGUGAGGAGAGCAACCACUGGGACCCAGACCCUCCUGUCCUCGGGUGCCAGACUGAAACACCAUGCCCGGCAGGCUCCAGGUUCGUUGCAGGGAAAGCUGUCCCAGCCAGAUGGAAAUGCUGCUGCCAAGGACUGCCCACCAGACCCAGCCGGACCCUCUCCUGGGGACCCCAGCCCAGAAGCCUCGGGCCCAUCCCCCAAGCUAACAGGAGUGGAAGUCCCUGAAGCCCCUCAAACUUCCUCUCCCUGCCCAUCUGCUGACGUUGACGUCAAGACAAUGGAGACUGCAGAGAAACUGGCCAGAUUUGUUGCUCAGGUGGGACCAGAGAUCGAACAAUUCAGCAUAGAAAACAGCACCGACAACCCUGACUUAUGGUUUCUCCAUGACCAAGAUAGUUCAGCCUUCAAAUUCUAUCGGAAGAAAGUAUUUGAACUAUGCCCAUCGAUUUGUUUUACGUCAUCUCCACUGAACCUCCACGCCGGGGAGAGUGCUGAUUCUCAGGAGAGCCCCCAUGACCCCAUGGAAGGGGAAGGAGAGUUUGAAGAUGAUCCCCCUCAGCACGAGGCUGAGCUGGAGAGCCCGGAGGUGAUGCCUGAGGAGGAGGAGGAGGAAGACGAGGAGGAGGAAGACGAGGAGGAGGAGGAGGAGGGGGGCGAAGAGGCCUCCACUCCUAGAGGGACCUCCAGGCCAGCAGGAGCGGCUGCCAAGUCUGAGUGCUCUGAGGGCAGCCCCCCCACAGAUGGCCUCCCGAGCGAGGCAGCCGAAGAUGGCCCAGCUGGUGCGCCUGCCCUGUCACAGGCCUCCUCGGGCGCCUGCUUCCCCCGAAAGAGGGUCAGCAGCAAGUCGUUGAAGGUUGGCAUGAUUCCAGCUCCCAAGAGGCUGUGUCUCAUCCAGGAGCCCAAAGUUCAUGAGCCAGUUCGCAUCGCCUAUGACAGACCUCGGGGUCGUCCCGUGUCCAAAAAGAAGAAACCCAAGGACUUUGACUUUGCCCAGCAGAAGUUAACCGACAAGAACCUGGGGUUCCAGAUGCUGCAGAAGAUGGGCUGGAAGGAGGGCCAUGGCCUAGGCUCCUGUGGGAAGGGCAUCAGGGAACCCGUCAGCGUGGGAACUGCCUCGGAAGGGGAGGGGUUAGGUGCCGACGGGCAGGAGCGCAAGGAAGACACAUUUGACGUGUUCCGUCAGAGGAUGAUGCAGAUGUACAGACACAAACGGGCCAACAAAUAGAUGAAACCAUUGGUGAGAAAGAUCAGGCUUGAAGGAGCACUUACUCUUAGAGCGCCACCUCUGCCCUGGAUCUGCCCUGGAGCCAGUGCCCAAGUAGGUUUGGUGUGUCCACGAGAAACAGAACGUCUCUGCAGGUCCUGUACGGAGGUUCCGCUGGCUUUUCUUCUUCUUCUUAAAGGAUAAAAGAGUGCAUCAUUCCCCAUCUGCUUUUGCUUUCCCCCCUUCUUCUAAAUGCUUGUGGCAGCCAGUCCCCUGCAGGUCUUUCCUGGUCCCCCCUCAGAAGGGGUACUGCCCUUGGAUAGUGCUCAAGAGCCAGCUCCUGUCGGGUUUCCCGUCCCAGGGAACUCUCUCUAGAAGUGCUCUGUUAGCAACCUUGAUGCCAAACUGAUGACAGAUUGUGUCUUUGUGUGGCUUGCAGACUGUAAAUGGGGGACAGAAUUCAGUAUUAGCCAAGUCCAUGCUGGUAGUGCGGCCUGCCGGUCGGAGCAUCGGAGCUCUUUGAACAAGUGGAGAUACUUGAUUCGAUGAACGUGUUAUUUAUGGAGUCUCAGCUCUUAAGUGCAUCCCAAGAGACUUAAUGGAAGUUUAGCAACAGUAUAAUAGAGCCGUAUUCAGUGGGGAGUAAUCGUUACAUUGAUGAAACUUCCCCCAAAUUCACAUGGCUCCUUAGAAUCCACCAACUACAGUGUGCUUCGUUUUAAAACCACAUGUGGAGUCUCUCCUACAAGGGGCUGGGAGUGUAAACUCUUCAAGACGCUUCAUUUUUGGCAUGUGCAGUAGGGUAAAGAAUUGUUUUCUCAGAGCCUUUGUACGGAACAGAAAGCAUCCUCGUGGGGCGGGCUCCGCAGCUGUUUGCUAUUUCCAGGCGCGUGAUUGCCUCCCUUCCAUCUUCUCCCGGCGCUCCGCUCCUCGCAGCUACGUGCGAAGUUCUCAGGCUGUGGGAAUCUCAGCCCUUCCUCAUAAAGCAGCAGUGUUGAAGUUUUAAAUACGUGCUAAAACCUGGGAAACUUGGGAUCCUGCUGACACUACAAGCUUGGGGGACACAGCAGCGAGUUACCGUGUUGGCCAGUCUUCACUUUUUUCAAGCCACAGGCCCCAACCGUGGUCCCAGCUUGCUCCAGCUCUGUCUUGUCGGGCCCACACCCACCGUCACAGGCCUGUGCCGUAUCUCUUCCAGGCUCUGCUUGCUUCUGGUUGCUUCUGUUGCAUGGGCAACAGGCAGAUCUUUAUGGCCAGGGAGAUGCUGGAAAUGCCUCCGCAGAGUUGAAGCAGCCUGCACAGGUGGUGUGGUUUGGGGGAACCGCAGCCGUAGGGGUUCAUCUCUUUUCUUUCCUAAUCCUUCCAGUAGCCUUCCUUGUUGGCUGUGGGUUGGGCACAUGGAUGGAACUCUGAGAACAGGGCCUCUGUCCUCUGGCCUUUCACAGAGUGCCCAUCGGCCCUGAGCAAGGCAUGUACUCCCCAAAUAGGUUCUAGCUCUUUCUCUCCAGCAUAGAUAGCUCUGACCAUCAUAUUCACUUUGUGCUAGUAUAUUCGUUCUUGGACUUCUCCGCUUUUGUUUGUGAGUAAAAUGCUUUAGGAAUUACCAGGGUAUAAGCUCUGUCCCCGCAGCCUCCUGCCACCCUUUCUCCUGGGGAUAUCCCGCUUCGAGCUGACCCCGUGAGCCUUUAGCACACGUCAAAGAGAACACCUCCUUCUUGAUCCUGGAAAGUCCUCUGAGCACUCAGGCGAUGCUUUUCCUGUGGGUGUGGUAUCAUAGGAGCCGGGGCGGAGCCUGGUGGCGAGUCCUUGUGCCAGCUGUCGGCCAGGGACCAGCACUGGCCCUCCGAGCUCGCCCUUGCUCCCUCUGGCGAAGUCUGCUCACGGGGAGCGUGCGUGCGAGUGUGGUGUGUGGUUGCAUAGCCUUGUCAAAGUCACAGUGUCUUUUCUGUCAUUCUAGUUCCAGGGUCUCUUCCGUGAGGACGACAGGCAUCCGGAAAGUACUAACUCACCACUUUGGGUGCUUACUGUCUCUGGCUUGUUUCCAUCACUGGAAAUCAUAUAGAGAAUUUUAGCGUUUUGGUCCUUGGUAAAACCUAGAAGACAUUUGUGAUGUUACAAAAUGGAAGUUUUGGGUUUUUUCUUUUUUUUUUUUUUUUCUUUCCUUUUUUUAAAUCUAAGAAGUUGUGAAUGUUGUUAAUCAUUUAGCAGUUGCAAUAAAUGUAGAGGAAACCCAA